GAGAAGCUCCGGAACAUGAUCGCCAAGGAGGAGUCGCGGGUCUUGAUCGACAUUGCGGACCUCCGGGAGUCGGACGCGAAACUUUGCCAGGAGAUUAUGAGCCGGCCAGCCGACUACUUGCCCGCCUUCGACUCGGCGCUAGAGCGAACGGUAGGGAACAUCAGCCCUGACUACGCCAAGAGAGCGAAGGAAACUAAGACCAGGUUUUCCGUCGGGUUCGAGGGAGACUUCGGGUCGCAUCAAGUAAAUCCUCGCAGUCUCAACUCCUCCUACGUCAACAAGCUCGUCGCCAUCAAUGGCAUCGUAACCAAGUGCUCGCUCGUUCGCCCUAAGAUCCUCAAGUCCGUCCACUACUGCGAGACAACCAAGCAGCUGCACCAGAAGGAGUACAGGGACUACACUUCCUUCAGCGGUCUGCCGACGGGAAGCACAUACCUCACCCGUGACGACGACGGCAAUCUGCUCACGACCGAGUACGGGCUGUGCGAGUACUCUGACACCCAGGCACUUCACCUGCAAGAGAUGCCGGAAAAUGCAGAGGUCGGGCAGCUGCCGCGGUCGGUGGACGUUCUGGUGACCAACGACCUGGUCGAUGCAGUGAAGCCGGGAGACCGAGUGCAGGUAGUGGGAGUUUACAAGCCCCUGGGCACAGGGAACGAGACGUCAGGGAUGUUCAGGACGGUGAUCAUCGGGGUAGCAAUCAAGGUGCUCGCAAAGGAGACGAUGAUGACGGCGAUGACUGAGAAGGACAUCGCAAACAUCAGGCGGAUUUCGAGGCAGAAGGACUGCUUCGACCUCCUCUCCUCCUCCCUCGCCCCUUCCAUCUGCGGCCACAACUUCGUCAAGAAAGGUCUCCUGCUCCUCCUGCUGGGGGGCAUGGAGAAGAACCUUGCCAACGGCACGCACAUCCGUGGUGACAUCAACAUGCUGCUAGUUGGCGACCCCUCGGUCGCCAAGUCGCAGCUGCUGCGCUACGUGCUGAACGUGGCCCCCCUUGCCGUCUCCACCACAGGACGAGGAUCAUCGGGCGUCGGCUUGACGGCGGCGGUGACGCAGGACUCGGAGACGGGAGAGAGGAAGCUGGAGGCAGGAGCGAUGGUGCUGGCAGAUCGCGGGGUCGUGUGCAUCGAUGAGUUCGACAAGAUGAGCGACCAGGAUCGAGUUGCCAUUCAUGAGGUGAUGGAGCAGCAGACUGUCACGAUCGCUAAGGCGGGCAUACACACCUCCCUCAAUGCACGAUGCAGUGUCGUCGCUGCUGCUAACCCCGUGUACGGGUCUUACAACCGACAGAAGAAGACAACAGAGAAUAUUGGGCUCCCGGACUCCCUCCUCUCUCGUUUUGAUCUUCUCUUCAUUCUCCUCGACAAUGUUGAGGAGGCGCACGACAAGCGCAUCUCAGAUCACAUUCUCCGCAUGCACAGGAUGCAGGGACUAGACUCGCAGGAGGCGGCAGACGAGAUUGAAGCAGCUGAAGACAACGAGGAGGCCGAGGAGGAUGAGACUCCGAUCUUUGAAAAACGUGCGCCCUCUCCUCCUCUCUCUCCCUCCUCCUCCCUCCUCCGAGGCAAGGAGGGGCAGCUGGUCACGCAAGCGUUCCUCAAGAAGUACCUGCGGUACGCGAGGAGGACGAAACCUCGACUGAGCGAGGAGGCGAGCGAGCGAAUCUCUCAGCUCUACAUGGACCUGCGAGGAAGCAACGAUGUAGCAGGAGGAGCUCUCCCUAUCACCCCUCGCUCGCUCGAGACCAUCAUCCGUCUCUCUACCGCGCAUGCCAAGUGUCGACUCAGCGGGCUGGUGGAGAUCCGCGACGUGGAGGCAGCGCAUGACGUCCUGCUGUUCGCUCUG